AUGGCAAUGGGCGGUGCUCGGCAGCCCUGGGCAGUAGAGGUGCUGAGCGUGGCGUGGUGUGGGCGCGGUAGUGCUGGGCGUGGCGGCACUAGGCGUGGCGUGGGCGUGGGGGCGCUGGGCACGGCGGCGCUGGGCGGGGAGGAGAGGGAGUGGAGGAGGAGAAAAAACUUACUCUUGGCGGAAAGAAGAAAUAGGCCAGCUCUCUGUUCGCUGGGCUACAAUCCAGGACUGGAAGGUUCUCAGUUCCCCGACUUUCUGGAUCGUCAGGAUCACUCUCUCGUUGCUCUGGGUUCUACGAAGAAAUGGAUUCGACCGGGUGGUUUGGAGGAAGUUUUCACGAUGCUCGAGAGGUAUCAAGACACGGCCAGGCUUGUAGCUGGAAACACCAGCACAGGGAUUUACAAGGACGAUCUCCAGUCCAGUCCGGAAAUUUUCAUAGAGAUCGGUGCCGUUCCAGAGGUCCUGGAGGAGAAAGCUACCGAGGAUGGGAUUGAAGUCAGUGCUGCCGUGAAGAUAUCCAAGCUUAUAGCUCUCCUCGAAGCAUUUGGCCGCAGUGAUUCGAGCGGAGUUUAUCUCAAGUUGGCCGAGCACAUGAGAAAAGUGGCAACUUUGCACGUAAGAAACGCGGGGAGCGUGGGAGGAAAUCUGAUCCUGGCACAGAAGCUCGGCUUCGACUCCGACAUUGCGACUUUGCUGGUUGGAGCUGGCGCUUCGGUCAAGGUGGUGACACAGAAGUUUGGAGAAUCACGGCAGUCUGUGGAGGACUUUGUGGCAGCUACAUGGGACGGGAAAAGCAUUCUAAAGUCGAUCUGCAUCCCAUCCUACAGCAAGCAGGACGUCAGGUUUGACUCAUACAGGGCAUCACCUCGGCCUCUCGGAAACGCCGUGGCUUACGUGAAUGCGGCGUUUCUCGUCAAUCUCUCGGGUGACGGACGAGUUUGCGAGUCGAGGCUCGCGUUCGGUGCUUUUGGAGGAGAGCCUACUUGUCAGCGUGCUACUGAAGUUGAGAGGUUUCUCGAAGGGAAGGUGGUGGACAGUGGAGUUAUGUUGGAGGCCAUCCAGCUCACGAAGGUUUCUAUAGUGCCAAAGAAGGGGACCUCGAAGGCCGACUACAGGUCUUCGCUUGUUGCGAGCUUCCUCUUCAAGUUCUUAAGCUCUCUAGCCGCUCCAAGCAGCAGCAUUGUACCUGAGCUCCCGUAUAUUACACAGGCCCAGAAUGGAAGCACCCCGAGGUCGUCAAGAAAGAUCAUGUCUGGGAGACAGACAUUGCAAGAACAUCUCCAGGGAGCUGUCGGACAGCCAAUGUCCAAGGUUAUGGGAGAGCUUCAAGCUUCAGGUGAAGCUAUUUACGUGGAUGAUAUUCCAGCUCCGAGGGACUGCGUGCACGCAGUCUAUGUUUACAGUACGAAAGCAUUGGCAAAGAUAAACGGAAUCCGGCUGGAGAAUGCACUGGCUUCGCCUGGCGCGGUGUCCUUCGUUGGAGUUGAUGACAUUCCUUCUGGCGGACAGAAUAUGGGCCUCGUCUCCGAUCUCUCUCAAGAAAAGCUCUUCGCCGAGGACAAAGUCGAGUGCGUGGGCCAUGCCGUCGGACUUAUGAUUGCGGACACGCUGAGAAACGCCAAGGCCGCCGCCGGCAAAGUUGUGAUUGAUUACGACACGGAGUCUGUCGGCUCUCCCGUGCUAACCAUGGAAGAAGCGGUUGCCAGAGGGGAACUCCACGAGAUCCCACAGUUUUUCAAGGAUGUGAUGAAGGACAAACACGGUAAUGUUGCCGAAGAGAUGGCCAAGGCCAGUCUUAAGAUCGAAAACGCUGAGGUGCGCACAGGGUCGCAGUACUAUUUCUACAUGGAACCACAGACUGCGUUGGUCGUUCCGGACGAGGACAACUGUCUCGUCGUCUACAGUUCCUACCAGAGCCCCGACUUUGUGCAACACAGCGUGUCAGCCUGCCUCGGCUUGCCCAUGCACAACGUGAGAGUCAUCACCCGACGAGUUGGCGGAGGAUUUGGAGGCAAAGGCACCAAAGCCUGCCUGGUUGCCUCUGCCUGCGCACUCGCCGCGUACAAACUCCGCCGCCCCGUCCGCCUCACUCUCGACCGCAACACAGACAUGAUCAUGAUGGGUGGAAGGCACCCAAUGAAGGCCGUUUACGACGUAGGCUUCGAGCCCGACGGCAAGAUCAACGCCCUCCACGCCAAGAUCUUCAUCCAAGGAGGCUGGUCGCCAGAAUUCACCCCUGUCAUGCCAAUGGGGGUGCUCUCCGCCUUUAAGAAGCUCAACUGGGGAGCCUUCUCCUUCGAGUUCGUGCUGUGCCGGACCAACAUCCCGAGCAGGACGGUCAUGCGCACGUCCAAGGCUGCUUCUUCGCCGACGCAGUGGUCGAGCACGUCGCAGCUCUCACAAACUUGA